AUGGGUUGUACAGCUGGGAAAGUUCCAAUGAAAUCAUCAAGUAAUUAACUGGAUUGCACUGAUAUUAAAAAAAAAAGCUAAUCUACCCACGGUUCUGUCCGUUAUUCUUCCUCAUCUAAUUAAGGAGGUCCUGCAAACUCUGUUAAUAUUUAGGAAUGGGGACUUAAUCGCAAUAAUAAACGCGGAGCUCUUUAAGUUGAUUAUAUAAAUGACCCCAGUCAAAGUGACCAGAUUACUGCAAAAAUAACUCGUAGCUCUCCAAAUACCAUUAAAAAGAGAAGCAUCGAUUAGGGCAGCUGGUCACCUAAUAUGGAAAAAUUAAAACUCUAGCGCUUAAAGCAGUAAUAGGAAGUUGGUAUUGUACAAGAAAAGUCUGAAUGCGAAGAGUAAGGUACAAGCCACAAUUUAUAUAAGUCCAGCUAGCAUAACAUUCACAAUUCACUAAGUCUCAAAUAAAGAAGCUACCAAUCUGGAAAGAGUAGUCCUAACCCUGCUCAUCAUGUCUAACAAGUUUCUAUUAUAGUAUGA